AUGCAACUAGUGGACGAACUCUCGAUGAUUUAUACCACUUGCCUUAUGGCCUAUGCCUCAUUCUCGUACUCCCGGGCCACCACCGUACGAAUCUGUCUCGGAGUUUCACUCACAGGUCUUGCUGUAUUCAUCACCCUGUACUACCACUACCUCCAAGACCCAGUCUUCCACCAGAACGCCUAUGCGCUCCUGACCACCGUCGUUGUCCUGCGCAGCAUGCACACUAUGGAAACAACCCUCCGACCCAAGUGGCGCCACUCGACGGAGGAGGACCGCCUAGCGCGCCAGAAGAAGGGACUCCCCGUUCCGACGAAGGAGCGCCAGCACUACGAGAACGUGCGCGACGAGAAGACCCUCAAGACUAUGUGGUUCAUGGUGGCAUAUGGACUGAGCAUGUUUUUGGGAGGUUUCUUCAUCUGGGGCUUGGAUAGGGUGUUCUGCUCUGAGAUCCGUCUCAUGCGCCGCUCUGUUGGUCUUCCAUGGGGUAUCUUUUUGGAAGGUCAUGGCUGGUGGCAUAUCAUGACUGGCAUCGGUGCUUACCUCUAUAUCACGUGGGGAAUCUGGCUCCGCCACUGCCUCAACAACCGACAAGACGAAUACUACCUGCGCUGGGCGCACUUCUGGCAGAUUCCCGAAGUGAUCCGCACCUCGGGCGGACCAUCCGGGAACGGGGUAUCCCGAGCCAAGAAGUCAACGUGA